UCCCCUCCACCUCCAUCACCUCCACCUCAAUCACCACCACCAUCACAACCACCAACAGCAUCAAAUCCUCCUCCACCAUCACAACCACCUCCUAUCAGCAACUGCACAGCAAUCACAAUCACCAUCAUCACCUCAACGUUCAACACUUCCUCCACCUUCAUCGCUACCACUUCCACUUCAAUGACCACCACCAGCAUCAUCACAUCCACCUACAACUACAUCACAACAACCAUCAUCACCAUAACUCCACCUCAAUCAUCAUCACCAUCACAACCACCAGCAUCAUUACCUCCACCUCCACUAUCACUGUCACCUCCCUCCACCUUCACCUCAUUCAUCAUCCCCAUCACUUUUGCCAGCAUCAUCAUCUUCACCAUCACCUUCAUUACAAUCACCAUAAACACCAAUAUCACCUCCACUAUUUCAAACUGCACAACAAUCACCAUCACCAUCACCAUCAACGCCUCCACAUCAAUCACCACCACCUCAACCUCAAUCAUCACCUCCAGCACUAUCACCAUCAUCACCUCCGACUCCAUCAGCUCCACCUCCAUCACCACCACCAUCAUCAACUCCACAUCAAUCGCCUUCAACCAUUUCGAACACAUCCCAACCUCUAUCACCUCCACCAUUUCCAACUUUACAUCAAUCACCAUCACCAUCAUCACCUCAAUGUUCACCACCAUCUCUACCUAUAUCAACACCUACUCCACUUCAAUGACCACCACCAGCAUCAUGACAUCCACCUCCAACUCCAUCACCACAACAUUCAUCAUGAUCAUUACCUUCACCUCAAGCAUCAUCAACAUCACCAAAACCAGCAAUAUUACCUCCAACUCAUCAUCACUUCAACCUCCUAUCAACAACACCGCCAUCACCUCCACCUCCAUCACCACCACCUUCAACUCUAUCAACAUCAACUCAAUUACUGCCUCCAACUGCAAAUCAAUCAACAUCACCAUCGCCAUCAUCAUUUCCACCAUCACUUCCACCUCCAUCACCACCACCUCCAUCAACAUCACCUCAAUUACCGACCCCAACUGCACAUCAAUCACCAUCACCAUCACCACCACCAGCAUUAUCACCUCAAACUCAACCAUCAUCUAUAUCUCCAUCACCACCACCAUCGUCACCUCCACGUCAAUCACCAUCACCAACAGCAUUGCCACCUCCAUCAUCUCCAUCAUUUUUAACUGCACAUCAAUCACCAUCACCAUCAUCACCUCGACCUUCACCAUCACCCCCACCUCCAUCACCACCACCUCCUUUUCAAUCAACAUCACCACCUAUUUUGCGAACAAGACUGCCAAUUCAUCAUCAACAAUAUCAUCAACAUCAUCAUCAUCAUCAUCAUCAUCAUCAUCAUCAUCAUCAUCAUCAUCAAUAUCAUCAUCAUCAUCAUCAUCAUCAUCAUCAUCAUCAUCAUCAUCAUCAUCAUCAUCAUCA